GGUGUGUUUUUAGAAACAACCCUGCCUGUCCUGUCGUCCUCACCAAACAAGCUGGGGCCAAGAUCCAUGCAUGCAUGUGUUGGACGCUUGCCAUUUCAGUCGAGUCAAGUCGAGUCUUCUGGCUACGAAUUAGUUUCGUGGUGUACCGGUAUUAGUAGAGGAUAGAGUCGAGUGACAGUCAGUCGUCUGGCUAGAUCGAUCAAUCCACAUGAGCCUCAGUUUGGUGGAGCAUUGUACCGUACGUUUGUGUUAGCUUGACUCCAAACAAACUGGCUAUAGUAUAGUAGUUGACGAUGAAGAAGACCCCCAAGAAACCCACCGACAAUGGCGAUGCCGCUGGGCACGCCGAGUUUCGCCGUUGGGUGUACAGCCUGACUCGAUCUCAACUGUUGAAUGCCAUGGAGUUUUCGGUAUACGUGGAUAGUAGUAGUGGCGUGAGCCAUGAAUACGAGUUGUUUUUGGAGAUGAUUACCCUCCAGCCACCGCCCUUUUGUCCCAUUCAUCCUCGAGCUGUCCCGUACCCAGUGGCCAGUGGCAAGGCCAAGACUGAUGGUCGGAAUACGGCCGUCAAAAUGCUCAAGAGUCGGAUCCAACAACCCCGAAUAUUCCAGUUUUUGGCCACGUCCAACAGUGCCAACAACAGCAACCAUAACAACAAUAACAAUGGCAGGAGACGCAAUGGGCAGCGAAAAAGGACGGCCCCUGUGGAGCAACGAUUCGAAGUGAUUGCCCGAAAAUUCAUUACCAGUUGGGGUGACGCCUUGAAUAUUGGCUGUACGCAAGAACAACGAAUGGCGGAUGAGCAAAUCAUGAGAGGGACACUGGUCGAUCCCAAAUUUGGAGCCACGGAUCGCACUUUCCUCUCCUUUUUUGACAAUCAUCAUCAUCAUCAGUCUGCUGGAGACUUGCUAAGACUGCUGCACGUCGUCUCCAGAGGACAUUUUCUAUCCCAACCGCAUGAUAAUAAUCAUUCCACCACCACAACAAUUCGCACUGUCCCGUCCUUUUGCGCUCCCUGGCUGGAUCCAACCACCCGGUGGUUCUCCUUGCCCAUGUACUUGGCGAGUCGAUUCGAAGUGGCAGUCUGGGAAUCGUUCACUCAUUUAAAACGUAUUCAUCCAUUGCCGCGUGGACGACCAUGGGAUCAAUUGCAGGACAAACUCAACGACCAAGCCAUUCAACAACUACUCUACAACGCGCUCGGUCAAACGCUAAAACAGGAUAUCAUCAUCCAACAACAAUUAGAACCAACCAACAAACUACGAGAUGGACUCUUGUUUGACCUACUGGAUGCCAUUGAGUUUUGGAGAGCCAGACUCAUUCUAUUUCAGUCAUCAUCAUCAUCAUCAUCCAACUCUACUGGAUCCUUUUUACAGGCCAUCUCGGCGACUCCUGUGCUAGAGAUUGGAACGACAACUCACCAAAUACGGACCAUGGUGCGACAGCAUUUACAGGAGGAAAUAUCCAUGGAAAUUGAACGGCAUUUGAUGGAAUCAUUAUUGGAUAGUACUAGUCCUGAUAAUAAUGCCACAACAUCAGCAACAACCACUUCGACGGCACAGAAUAACAAUGGGGCGGCGCGUCGACAAAAGAAAAAGAAGCAACGAAAAAAGGCGGCAGCGAGAAAACGACAACACGCGGUGACACCGCAACAACAGCAACAUCAGGAGGACAACGACGACAACGAUGAUGAUUCGGAUGGAGCCGAUCCAGCCAAACAAGUCCGUGCUCCAGAGAAUGUACGGUUGGCAUUUCCAGAAAACGGGACCCCGUUUGUAGAGCGAAACCGAAACAUUGUGUUGUGCCUGUCUGUGCUCAAUGAUGCUAUCAACGAAGCAUUCCGGCAGGUGGGGCUAGAGGUAUCCAGUGACGAAAGCGACUCGUCCGUCGUCCAUGGCAACAAAGGACGACAACACAACACACCGCCCAAGGCAGCCAUCACACCGAAAAGUAGGAACCAGGCAACUUCGCACAAAACACGAAAGGCGGCAAGUGCUCCGAAAUCAGUUAGCACAUUCCACGGCAACAACAAUAAUAGGCACCCUUCCAAGUCAUCCCCUCAGUCAACGAAACUACCGCAAAAUGGAGCCAAACAACUACCAAACAGGCAACACGCAGCAGGGGAACCGAAAACCCCGCCUCACGUGGAGAGUCAACUGUCACCGCAUGCUCCACCGUACCAACACGAUUUCGGUGAUGCGCCAUCAAUGUCGCCUGCGCCGGGAUCUGUGGACACUUUUCCAUCGCAACAUGGCUUCUCCCAAGGCAUUUUUCUACGAACCGCGCCGUUCGAAGCCAACCCAUGGGGAUUCUAUCACGGUGACGAUGGAUGGGACGCUGCCAGUGGAUUCCAAGCUCGAGAACCGAGAGAGCGCUCCAUUUUGACAGAGUUUUUCCUGGAGCAAGAGCGAGCGGAUGCAAACCGUCUUGAAAGGUUCACGGCGUCGUCAACCGCUGCCUCGUUGGCAUCUUCAACCGACAAGAACAACGAGGAUACUAUUAGCAUCUCGGAUAAGUUCUUCAUCUCUCUGGAUAAUGGGAGCGAGGUUGCAGCCUCGGAGAUUGCAUCCACAAUCAUAUCUGCGGAGGAAUUCCCGUCUCUGGAUAUCUACCAGGAAGAGAAAACGGCUUCGAACGAUUCGCAGGAAGAAAAGACCGCCACAGGACAGAGCGUGGAUGCCGCAGAAAUGGAUAAUGACCAACCACAAUUCGCCGAUCCUGCCAAGAAGGAAGACAACGCUGUACCAUUCGAGACACGUUCAAUGUCGCCAGAGGCACCAGCAACGCCAUCCCCCAGGUUAUCACCAAUCCUUCUUUCGCUCGAAGAUCUGCGUGAUAUCCGCGAGGGUGCUAAAUCCGUUGGCAACCGUGCGGAACUUGACAAUAUGCUCGUGGCGGUUGCACCGACAGUACCAUCAAGUCUACCCAGUUCACCAGUGGAACAAUCAAAACGCCGUUUGGUGCCAAGCUUGUCGCGAGAAGACCUUCGGAUCAAAUCGUUCCGAGAUGAUCAUGGCUUCGUUCGGAGGGCCAGGCGAAACACGGCAGAAGCAGCAUCUGCAAGUCCUUCCUAUCGCAAUGUGGCAGCUGGUUCCUUGAAACUACCUGCUGCGAGGUCUGUAUCUUCGGAAGCCUUUAUGAAGUCGUUCAAGAGGGAUCCUAGAUUCGCUUAUGCCCAAAAAGAUCUGAAGCAAGAAGCGGAUGUGUGUGCACGCAGCGAGAACGCCGCGGAGCUACAAGACGAGUCGCACCAUUCAAGUGGGGCUCCGUCGUAUCGCAAUGUGGCAGCGAAAUCUGUAAAGUCCGUUUCAGGAGGUUCAUGGAACGCCCGCCGCAGUAGCCCAGACACAAAACCUAAGAAUCAGCUUCAGAGGGAUCAGUGCGCAAGGAGUGAAACAGCUGUUGAAGGGCAUGAAGACCUUCAAAACUGGAACGAUAGCAGGAGGAGCCACGAAGACAACAAUCCUGACAACAUCACAGUGGGCAAAGACGGUUCCACAACGAUUACAUCUGCAAUGUCACAUCGAGAGUCAGAAGAAACAUCUCAUCUUCGCGAGGAGCUUCAAAAUUUCCGUGACCUUGUGCUUACGUUGGGAGCGGAGGUCUCAAAGCUAAAGAAUCAGCUCGCAGCCCAGCAUGGAGGUGGUGCAGCGCACCCACCAUUUGAUUAUUCAAAAGGAUUCGUGCAGCCGGUGCACGGGGCAGCAUCGUUCGAUCCAGAAUGCAUGCCCCCCUUCUUUCAGAAAGGACAAGCGCUUGGUGCCAUGAGUGACGCAGGGAUUCAUCGAGGCGAAUACGAACAAUCGCAAAUCAGUGAAGAUGACGAAGCCAAGGUCGGCUACAACGAUGGGAGGAGGCUGUCUUCGGGAGCCACCAUUGCGGGUUCUGAUGUGUCCAUUGAGCCAGCGAGCAGCAGCCACGCGCUGCAAGGCCCUGUGGGGUUGCCCGCUCCUAUGAGCAGAGACUCUCACGCGGAAAAUGGAUUGCAAACCCGCCUUACAGAAGACAUUCUGCGCUUCUUGGCCGCUACGGAGUUGCAGCACCGAAAACUAGACAGCACAAGGGACGCUGCUGUCGAGCGGAUGACUAGGCUAGUGAAUGCUUUGUGGCCCAGAGCACAGGUUAAGCUCUACGGUAGCCACGUCACUGGGCUUUGUCUCCCCAAUUCUGAUUUGGACUUCGUCAUUUGUCUUCCGGCAGUUCACAAAAUUGGGCCUGCGGUUGCACCUGGAGUCUUGGAGGGGCGCAAUGCAAUCAACGAGACAUCACAGAAACUGCUCGCUCGAAAGCUAAAAGGGGAGUCUUGGGUGGACCCUCGGUCGAUCAAAUUGAUUGAACGAACGGUGGUACCGGUAAUUAAAGUGGCCACCAAGGACACUCGGGCUCGUACAACUCACUUGGACAUUAGCUUUGACAGCCCUGAGCAUCAUGGACUGGAAGCAGUUGUUAUGGUGAAACAGAUCGUGGAGGAGCUCCCAAUGAUACGCCCAUUGGUGCUCAUCUUAAAGCAAUUCUUGCUGGACAGAGCGUUGCUGACAGCCUACACAGGAGGCCUCUCGUCAUACUGCCUCUUUUUGAUGGUAGCGAGGUAUCUCCAGGAGCAGCCAUCUUCAUGGGGAGACUGUGGGUCUUUGUUAAUGGGCUUUCUUGACUUUUACGGGAACUGCUUUGACCCCAGGUCCACGGGAAUCAGUGUUGGCCGUCGCCAGUACUUCACCAGGCCAAACUAUGUUGCGGUCCAGCGCCAAGCAGCUGGACAACACAUGUGGCAUGGAGUCUCACCGAGCCCCGGAGUCAGGCCAAACCAAUCCGCAGCGGGAGCCAGCCCUGGGUUUUACCGCCGCAACACAGUGGGCGAAUCGGGCGGAGGCCCACUGAUGAGACCCCCCAGGUUUCAACCAGCAGGCACGUCAGGGUCGAGAUUUAUGCGGCACAUGCCCCACCCAACAGAGCACGCCCUGAACCUGGAGGCUCCUUUGGACCACGCCAUGCCUUUCACCUUCGAUCCUCUCUUUGUGGAGGAUCCCCUGUCAUAUGGCAACAACGUUGGCAGAAACUCUUUUCGAAUCUUUCAGGUACAGCGCGCCUUUUCUGACGCUCAUAGAGCCCUUGUUGCUUCUCUGGAAUGGGAAUUUGAGUCAACAGGGGAGAACAACAAUGACUACCCGUUGUUGAAGUGCUUGCUCCAAAGUGAAGAUGUCCUCUAUGAACUCUAGCUAGCUAGUAGACGGGUUCCCUUACGACAUAAAAGCUAGCUAAUUCCAGAAGAAACGUUCAAGGUUACAUGUACUCCACGAUUUGGAUGGACUUCUUUUGUACUGUCACUGGUGCCGGGUAGCUAGUUAGGAAAAACAACUUUGGGUAGCCUGCCACAACGGCGUUGUCUCCCUUUGCUUCUUGAGCGUAUACCGUUAUUGUGUCCUCUGUACACAAUGUCAUGAAAUUCCGU